AAUUUUAAUUUUUUAUUUUUUUUUUCCCCCUCCACUCCAAGAAAAAAAAGGAAAAAAAGGAAAACGUUUCAUGAUGAAUUUUAAACCAUCGUCAUUAUUCUUCUUCUUCCUUGUUUGUCUUAUUAUCAUCACUACUUCAAAAGCAGAUGAACUAUUUAAAGUCAAAAUAAUAUCACCAACAGACGGUCAAACUGUUAACAAAGGAGAAUCACUUCAGAUUAAAUAUGAAACUACUAGCCUAGAAAGUGAUGAAAUUUGUUCGCUCCAUGUUAUUUUGCUCAGUCCAGAAAAGUAUCAACUUUACCAAAUCGUAGCCGAUCAAAGUGUCGAUGGCAAACCACACGAAGUUACUGUUCCUUGGGAAAGUUUGGCAUCUUAUUCAUCUUAUUCAUCUUUUUAUAUUCGAUUCUAUGAGAAUUAUAAAGCAGCCAACAGUGAAUCUGUCCAACGUGUUAGCAAAGAUAUAAAAUUUGUAAUUUCUUAAUUUCUUUCCUAAAAGAAAUAAAUAUCCUUUUGAUUUCGAAAAGUGGGAAAUCAAAAUUUCGAUUUUAUUUUAUUAUUAUUUUUAUUUUAUUUUUUUUUUUUUUAAUUAUUUAUUUUUGGGAUGGUUUUUGAUGAUGGUGAUUAUUUAUAAUGUAUAAUAAAUAUAUUUUGCUUCUUUCGUAGACGUAAAAAAAAUUGGUUUUUUUCUAUAUAUAUAUACGUUAAUCUGCUAUCAAGUUAUACUAGAAAUAAAAAGAAUUUUCUUAAUCUUUUUCGUAUUUUC